AUGGUCAAUCUCAACAUCUCUCCAUUCAAAUUGUCAAUGCUUCUUCUUCGUCAAGGAACAGCACCGUUCCAUAGUAAGUUUUUCAUCGAACUUGACUUCUUUGACUUUGAUACUUUGAUCAAAGUCAAAGAAGUCUCAAUCCACUUACAAUUCCUCAAACGCAUUAUUCCAGCUUUGAGCAGCCACGAAGUUACGAAGGUUCUCAACAAGAUUGGUCAUUUUUGCCUCAAUUUGCUCAUCUCAAUCACAUUCUUUCUUGUUUCAAUCAACAUAACUUCAAUCAUAUUUGUCGAACACAAAGGCAUUCAUAUUCUCUUUGAUGGACUUCUCGUUGCAUGUAUUUGGUUGGAACUCGCUGCUGUUCGUAGUCGCACCCCAGGAUCCUUGAUUUUCUCUGCGAUUUUCCAAAUUUUCGCGAUCGGCUGGUACAUUUUCCUUCUUGUUAAUCAACUCGCCGACAUCUUUGCUAAUUUCUACAAUUUCGACUACCCAGCCAUAAUCAACAUUUUCACUUUCGCAACUAUCAUUCUUUACAUUACCCGUCUUUUCUUCCUUUUCAUUCUCUAUAAGGCAAUCAGUGUAAAAUCAACCAAUUUUUCCAUCACUAACACUGUUUUCCUCAAACCAACCAACACCCCAGUUACUUUCAACUCUGUUCUUGCCCCAGAACCAUUGGAUCCAACCAAUCCAUAUCAUACCAAAGCAGUCUACAAUCUCAACAAAUCUGUCUGCUAG